AUGGUCCUGGCACUGAGGAGUCCAGAGAGUGAGAGAGCCCUCCAGGUCAUGACGUUCAUCGGCUGUGGAGUGUCCCUGUGUGGCUUACUCUUCACCUUCAUCCUCUUCUUUGCUGUGGGAGUUCCUAAGUCUGACCGCACCACUGUCCACAAGAACCUGAUCGUGGCUCUGGGGAUAGCUGAGCUGCUGCUGAUGUGCAGUGACUGGGCCUCUGCUAACGAGGGGGCAUGUCUGCUGGUGACGGCCCUGCUGCACCUCUUCUUCAUGGCCUCCUUCUCCUGGAUGCUGGUGGAGGGGCUGCUGCUGUGGAGUAAGGUGGUGUCUGUCAACAUCAGCGAAGACCGCCGGAUGAAGAUGUACUACGGCAUUGGCUGGGGUCUGCCUGUUGUGAUUGUUGGUGUAACCUUGACGAUAUCCCUGGACAAGUACAAAGCAGACAGUCACUGCUGGCUCAAUGUCGAGACUGAUAUGAUUUGGGCUUUUGUGGGACCUGUUCUUUUAAUCUUGGCCGUCAAUGCAGUGGUGCUGUGCCGUGUUGUCAUGGUGACGGUGUCCAGCGCUCGUCGUCGCGUAAAGAAGCACACUCCCAGUUCAGCAUCUAAACUCCACACCUUUGACCUGACCUGGGCUGUGACACGACCAGUCCUUAUUCUACUGCCGGUGCUGGGCCUGACCUGGCUGUGUGGAGUCCUGGUGCACCUCUCCAUGGUGGUGGCGUAUGUCUUCAUUGCCCUCAAUGCCUUUCAGGUGAGGAAUGCCAUUAAGAGGAUCAAAGAGAAGAGGAAAGCCUUGUCUUUCACGAACUGUUCCCAGCCAAUCAGCUUCCUGCCAUCCCAGAGGGGUCCGGCCCAGUCGUGGACACACAGUCUGCCCCGUCCCUCCAGCCCAGAGACCAGUGGGACCUCAGGCCCCGGCAGCACCACCUCUACCUCACUGGUCAUCAAGAACGGUAGGAGAGGCAGAAUAGGGUGGGUGGGCCUGGGGCUGGAGUGA